AUGAUGCUGAGUCCAGACCAAGCUGAUUCCGACCUCGGAUGGGGACAAUCCGACGCAGAGUCGGUGCUCAACGACCUCAAGGUCGGGUGCCUGUCCGACGAACCAAUGGAGGGGGAGGGGAAGACGAGGUCGCUGGCCCAACCGAACCUCAGCAGGGAGGAGAAGAGACGGAGGAGACGUGCGACGGCCAAGUACCGCUCGGCCCAUGCCACGCGCGAGAGGAUCCGCGUGGAAGCGUUCAAUGUGGCCUUCGCUGAACUGAGAAAGUUGCUGCCAACCCUUCCCCCUGACAAGAAACUCUCCAAGAUCGAGAUCCUCAGACUUGCAAUAUGCUAUAUCUCAUAUCUCAAUCACGUUCUGGAUGUCUAG